CCUUGCAGAAUGUAAAUAAAGCGAACAACAGGAGAAGUAGCUGUUUAUUAACUUUCAAACUGAUGUCGUCUGUGGUAAAUACGAAGAAAGUGGAGUUCAUUCCACUGGAUGAGCUUUGAAAGUCUCAGCUCUGAGAACAUCUGGAGAGAACAACGGAAAACUCGAAGAAGAUGCAGCCCAGGGAGCUUCCGCCUCUUCCACAGCGAGGACAACGGUCGCUCCCCCCGAUGACGAGUCAAGACACUGCUGGCGAAGGGGCAGCACCGAGACAAAAGAAGAAGAGGGUGAGGAAGGAGACGAAUGGAGUUGAUGAUGUGGACGAUCAGGGGCUGGAGAUGGGAGGCCUGGACAGUAGGAGGACAUCUGAGGUGGGAGAGCAACUUUCCCUGGAACCCACAAAUGGAGCGCUUACCGGGAGGAGGAGGAAGAAAAAGAAAACUGCCACUAUGGUUUCGGAUGUUGAAGACGACCAGGCCGAUCUGGUGAACGGAGAUACAGCUGAUCAGUACACGGACGGAGAAGAGGUGGUCAAAAAGAGCAAAAGGAAAAAGAAGUCGAAAGUCGUUGAGUCGCAGCUUCCCGAUGAGUUGGACGUAGAAGAGGAUGAUAUCAUCACCGACACCCCCCCUCCUAUCUACCAGCUUUCUCUGUUCUCGGCCCCACACGGUCAGAGCCAGCCGGGCAGGAAGGUGUUUGUCGAGGGGAACAAGCGUUUCCAGGCGUCGGAGCGCUCCGACUGGAGGAAGACCAGUGUCCAGACGGACAACAUGACGGACUUCCAGCACAUUCAGCCGCUCUGGACGACCAGAGACGUUUCUAUCAGAGUGCACAAAGGCUACAGGAGGUUCGGUCUGUACUGCCACGGCUUCCUGGCGGGCUGCGCCGUGUGGAACGUGGUGAUGGUGUUCAUGUUGGCCGGCCAGCACCUCACCGCUCCGGCCAACCUGCUGGAGCAGUACCACAGACUGGCGUACCCCUGCCAGUCUCUGUUCUACAUGCUGCUGGCCAUCAACACUGUGGCCGCCUUCGACCGAGUCAAUCUGGCCCAAUGCUCCAUGGCUCUACGAGAGUUCAUCACUCUGAAUCCCGUCGCUCUCGCCUCAUUCUUGGAUUUCUCGGCGUUGGUCCUGUGCUUGAGCCAGCAGAUGACCAGUGAUCGAAUCAACCUGUACCCGUCCUUCAACACAACAUUAUGGCCACCAGGGCGCGAGCACGAUAUCCUCCACCCAUGGGUGACAGUCAACCUGGUGGUGGCGCUGUUUGUCAGCCUGGCCUGGAUCUUAAUAGCUUCCCAACCUGAGACAGACUACACUGAGGGUUAUCUCAUGGCCAUGGAGCUGGAGCCGACCAAACCGGGGGACAAAUCAGAAAUGAUCGCCUAAGGACCACGUGUAUCCGCUGCGACACUCCAGCUUUGAACAUAUAUUUUUGCACUGUGUUUUGGCAUUAAACUUGUGUUGUAUUGUGUUUUUUAAAUGUCAAUAUGUUGUUGUUCUUUUUAAAUACAGGGUUUUAUCCAACAAA